CUUCUCCCUAUUCCCAUUAUCUUUUCUCUCCUUUCUUUCUCUCAUCUCCUACUCUUAUAACUAUUAUAAAGCUGCAGUUUGGAACCCGACCAUUGUGAAAAUGAAGUACAUGGUGGACUGGCACCCUGAGUACCGAGUUCCAAUAGUGGAUGGAAGGUUCAGAAACCCGAACACAGGGGAAAUAGAGGAAGCAGGGGAGAUUCCCUGUUACUCCGGCCCUCCCUCAGUACACACAUUAUGGGUGAACCUUGAGCUUGAGUCAAACUUUCGGAUGUGUGGUGCCGACUUUUGCGCUACUAUCGACGAGGUGCUUCUUGCUAUUGCCGAACACGUGAAACAAAAGGCCUAUACAAUUGAAAGCAUCAACGGCAGCCCCUACUCGAUGACAGUCGUUUGCAGGACCAGCAAGUCGCAGGGUGAAAUGUGCGAGUAUUUCAACCAGAUGCAUCGCGAUCUCGGGAGAGAUGUGUGGGUAUCGCCAGAAGACGAGGCUAAGUUUCGCUCUUUCGUGGAGGAAGAACAAAUGAAGGACAACCCGAGGUUUUGAGGGCGUUGCCUAUGUAUCAUUAACAGGUGCUUCGCCGAUAUUGUGGUUGUCUCUAUUAAUAGCUCCACAUUUCCACUGGAGCCUCUUUUGUCUACAUAGCAAUAAUUGACCUCCGAACUUUCCUUUAC